AGCUGCAAAACUCCAAGCGCCGAGCUUCAUGGCUGCUGAUCCAUGGACUGCACUGAAGUCCGCAUCUUGGGUAUAGGCCCUGGGCUGUUUGGAGUGGUGGUCCUUGGCAGCCUCAGCUUCCUUGGCUUAGUGGUGACUUCAUGCGCAGCGAGGUCGUGUCGGGCAACUUCGUGCUAUGCCUUGCUGCUCAUAAAUGCGGCUGUGAUAUGCUUGCUCAUUGUAAUGCCCAAGGGCUGCCAGCAAGUUGUGCAGACGAUCGGAGUGAAUCGUCAAGGUCAGUUCUUGGAUAUUGCUGUCGCAGUUCUGGGCAUUGGGGCCUGCGGCGCAGUGGGCCUGGUGCUGAAGGAGCUCGGGGCUCGACGCUUAAUGCAGGAGGCUCCCCUCUCGCCGCCUUUGCCUCUUUGGCUUUUUGCUUUUCUCAUGUCGAGGGAGACUGGAGAAAUCACAGGCAGUUCGUGCCACUUUUUGUAACUCAUUGAUUCAUAUUGAUUCCUUUUCGAGUUUUCGCAUCGGAAAUUUGGGGCAGGCCUUCCUAAGGCUCCUCUGGCUGCGGUGCCCAGAGACGAGCGCCUUGCCGGUUGGCGAGCUGCACGCGUUUGACACGCGUACUCGAAAUCGAAAGAGCUUGGAGCAAAUUGGAACUUGAA